AGUUGAUAACAUUUAGUAUCUUACUACCUAUUGUUCUUACACAAACGAUCACGACAUUUUCUAAUAGAAUAAUGAUUUCAAUUUAUGGUUUAUACAUUUUUAUGAUAAUCGUUGAGGUGUCCAAUUCAAUCCGCCUAAAUUAUUCUGUGAUUAAAGACGUCAGAUCGAAGCCUUAUUUAAUUAAUCGAAUGGCAGAUGAUUCUUAUAAUUGUUAUCGGUCAAAUUAUGAUUAUAUCGGUGUACAGAUGUUGGAUCCACUGGACUAUUUUUUGUCAAUUUACAAUCCAUAUUAUUAUUUUAUACCAAGCAAAAAGCCUGAACAAUCAGUUUUAAAUUCGUAUUUAAUAAUUAAUCAGGGACAUGUCUUCUACCAGGAGAAGUUGAAGAACUUGCCGUGUUCACUAAACGUCCCUUGCACUGAACUACGGUAUAUUGGAAUUGAUCCUGAAAAUUGGGAUAAGAGACUGCAAUUCGUUGGCACUAAUUUAAAGCUUAUGGAAAUAUUUAGUCUAUCCAAUUUAAUAAGUGCUUAUAACAAAAAUUUUAAACCCAAUAAAGACAAAAUCAAUAAUCUUACUCGAGAGAAACCAUUCGGGCCGUUGGACCAAUACCCAAGGCUGACUGUGGAUGAAUUAGUAACAGAGGACCAAGUUACACCAGUAGAAGACCAAAAUUCAAAGCCACCGGAAUUUUACAACUUAUCCAAAGAUGGAAUAGAAAUCCUAGAUAUAUUAAAUGAUCACUUGCCUCGAAAUGAAGAAUCAGAUGAGGAUUAUUUGAGGAGACAUAAAGAAACAGUAACACAUUAUUUACAUUUUAACAAACAUAUAUACGAAGCAGUGAAGAAUAAUCCAAUCAAAGAUAUGCACAAAAAACGUUUGAAACUGUUAAAAUUACCCUUUUUAUUAAGAAAUGAACCCUACAAUUUUUACGUAUUGAGAAUGAAGCAUAUGGGUAUAAUACCGUUUCAUUUAGACUUUUUAAAAGCUAAAUAUGAUGUAUUUAAAACGUGGUCACAAAAAAAUAUAUUUGAAGAAUUGGGAAUUGAUAAAGUUGAUGUAAUCGCGCGAUGAUUAAGAAUAAUUGGAGCACAUCAAUGGCAUAGGAUUUAGACACGCUGCACUGGAAUUUCACAUAUUUCACAAAAACAUUACGAUUGAUUUACCAACAUUAUUUUAAAUAUUCCAUCGGAGUCAUAUAAUUCAUUUUAGAUUUGUUUUGAUUUAUAUAAUAUUAGUAUUAUCUAUUCAUAUUUAAAAGUAUAUUUAAUCAUAUUACUAUACAAGAUUAUAAUUCUUAGAUUGCUAAAAAUAUGAUAUUAUUAUAAUAUAUUGAUAUUGACUAUUAAA